GCCUGGUGCAAUCCGCGCCGCCUGCCGCAUCAGCCGGACCGAGGCGGAGCCGCGGCUGCGGGAGUUACAUCAUCCCCGACGGCGCGGCCAGGAGCCGCAGCGGCCGCGCAGACAAAGGCGCUCGCCGCUGGGGGACGGCGCAUUCGCCCUCGCCGCUUGCACCAUGGAGCGUCGCUGCUGCUGUUGCUCUUAGGCGGGGAGGGACGCAGGAUCCCACCCUACCCGCCGCCCCGAGGCGGGGGUCCUCUGGAUUGGGUUCUCCCCCUGACCUUGGAUUCCGCAUACCCUGCAGGAUCGUCGGGCAAGGAAGGGAGGAAAAACACUCCGGAGUUGCGGGGCGAGAAGGCAAGAGAAGGACCCCCUCUCCAAAAAAAGAGACCCGCAUAUAGGGAACGCCGUCGAGGCCGCCGCCGCCGCCAAAGAUGAGUCUGCUUGCGCAGGAGUGCCCUCUGGUCGUUGCAUCGCAGAAGAAGCAGCAGCGGCUGGACUUUGAUGAUGCAUCUGAGACCGGCAUCCCAGAAGCCAAGCGCCCGCGUCUCAGCCUGCUGCCCAGCCCAAGCCCCUGCCUCCAACCCCUUGCCUCCAGCCCCCUUCCUGCCACAGAUCAGGAGUCAAGGAUAUCCCAGAUUGGCCCAUAUAUCAUUCUGGAGGCCACCGAAGGCGGCCGCUGCUACAGGGCUGUGGACAGACACACGGAGGCAGAAUACACCUGCAAGGUCUAUCCAGCCAAGAGCUACCCAGAGGCGCUGGCCCCUUACGGCGCCCUUCCAGCGCAUCCCAACAUCGCCCGUGUGGCGGAUGUGAUUGUCGGGGACCAGAACAUUUACGUCUUCUUCCAGCCCGGGAGGGACGACAUGCAUAACUAUGUGCGGCGGUGCAAACGCCUUCCCGAGCCCGAGGCUGCUGUCCUCUUCCGUCAGAUGGCCGAAGCGGUUGCCCACUGCCACCAGCACAACGUGGUCCUCCGGGACCUCAAACUGCGGAAAUUCGUGUUUGCUGACCGAGAAAGAUCCAAACUGCUGCUGGAGAAUCUGGAGGACUCGUGUUUGCUGAAAGGUCCCGACGACUCCUUAGAGGACAAGCACGGCUGCCCGGCCUACGUGGGUCCCGAGAUCCUCAGCUCCAAGGCGUCCUACUCUGGCAAGGCUGCUGACAUCUGGAGCCUGGGUGUGGUGCUCUAUACCCUCCUCGUGGGGUGCUACCCCUUCCAAGACACCAAGCCCCUGUCUCUCUUCGGCAAGAUCCGCCGCGGGCGCUUUGCCAUCCCCGAGGACCUCUCGCCCAAAGCCCGCUGCCUCAUCCGCUGCCUCCUGCGAAAGGACCCAUCUGAGAGGCUGACGGCCAGCGGAAUCCUAUUGCACCCAUGGCUGGCUCCUGGCAGCUCCUCCGAGGGCUCUUGGAGCAGCCCCUCCAGAGAUCAGGGGCUGGAGCAGGUGGUUCCAGACGUGGGGGGCUUGAGGGAGGUCAAGGCCAAAGAGGAAGAGGAGGGAGGCCUGUACAGCUGAGCCGCCAGGAGAACGAGAUGGACAAAAAAGCAACAGGGUGACUCCUGUCUUGACCUGACUAGCCAUGAACCAUGGGAGGGAGACCCCCUCUCACCCUUCAGUUCCCUCGCUAGGAUCAUGCCCCAGAAAGAAGUGUCUUCAUUUGCCAGCAAACUGGGAGGACGGGUGCUUUGACAUCCAGGUCAGGGACGAUGGCGGAGCGUCAGCACCUUCCUCGCAUCACAGCGCACGCUUCGUGGCGCGCUCCUCGUUCGCAUGUGCCAAAGGACCGUUCCGGAACUCUUGAUCCCCACCAGCAAAACUCUCCUGCAUUGAGAAAGGGGCACUUCUUGGCAGCCCUGAGGGACUCCGAAACUAAGGCCUGGAGCUCCGAGCCACUGUUCUCGCAGAACGACUUGUUGGCAAAAGAGGUUCAGGUUGCAAAAGGAUGGAUGGAUUGCAAGAUCAAGGACUGGGAAUUUGUGACUGACCGGCUGCCUCGGUCAAAGCGCCGGACUGGUUUUUUGUUUGAAUCAGAAAGCGGCUGUAAAGACACUCUCUUGCUGCAGUCCGGCUGCCGUUUUUGGAAGAAGUCGUUCCCCGUUCUGCAGUGCUGAACGAAAGUCUGCUUUGCCUGGGGGACCCAGAUGCCUUGUGAGGGAGGGGAGCAGGGUGCCAGCCUUGGAGGGAAGGGGCUGGGGUCAGCAGCUGUGUGCGGUCUCCUCUCCCCCCCCUUUUGACAACUCCUAGAAAACUUGUGGCCUUAAACAACUACACCCCCCCCGCCCAGUUUUCACCACAGUGCCUCCAAUUUCUGCCCUUAAAAUGAGGUUCCCGGUGGGCCUUAACUUUUUCUCUACUUGAAUUUACCUCAGUACUUGACAGUUUCCAGGGUGCCUGGGUUGCGCUGCCAGCCCCCAGCCUGAGACCUUCCCCACGGUGCCUUUCCUACUUGCCUCCCCAGGGCUGAAGGAGAAACUCUGCCAUGCUAGGUGGGUUGGAUCUUAAAAGCCUUUUAAAAUCAAA